GUUCUGACCGCCGACAUCGGUAAGGCCGCCACGGACGCAGAGGUCUUGGGAAAGGAGAUUGAGGGUCAUGCUGCCGCAGCGGCGGAGCUCGCCGCACAGGAAAGUGAAGCUGCCAAGGUCAGGGAGGAGGAAGCCAAGGACUUUGUGGCGGAGCAGAAGGAUUACGCGGAUUCCCUGGAUGCCCUCGAUCGGGCGAUUGAGGCUCUGGACAAGCAGGACUACAGCCGACCGCAGGCCGGUGAGGCUUUUGCCCAGUUUGCUGCUUCCCUCGGCGCUUCGCGGGGUGCGCAGGACAUUCAAAAGCUGGCAACUGGGGCAGCCCCGAAGGCCAAGGCUUACGAUUUCCAGUCGGGCAACAUUACGACGAUGCUCAAAGCGCUGAAGACGAAGUUCUACGAGGAGAAGGUAGCUCUGGAGAAGGCUGAGACGUCCAAGGCCCACAGCCAUGAGCUGAUGGUCCAAAGCCUCAAGAGCCAGGCGGACGCCGAGAAGCAGGAUCAGUCCCGGAAAGCGACGCUGAAGAGCAAGAAGCUGGCUCUGAAGGCGUCGCUGGAGGACGAGAAGAACACGGCCACCUCCUCGAAGGACGCCGACACCAAGUAUCUCGACGACGUGACCUCGACCUGCCGCCAAAAGGCCGCCGACUUCGAGUCCAAUCAGAAGAUCCGCAGCGAGGAGCUGCAGGCUGUGCAGAAGGCCGUGACUGUCGUGUCCCAGAAGUUGUCCUUGCUGGAGGUGAAGUGGAGGAGCCUCCUCCAGGUGAAGCGAAAGCAGGGCUCCUCCUUGGCCGCGCUCCGCCGCCCCGGCACCGACCUGGUAAAGGCGAAGGUGGUGCCCUUCCUCGCGAAGGAGGCCCAGCGCCUCCACAGCGCGGCCCUUCUCAACUUGGUCCAGCCUGCAGAGAGCGGAUCCCUCGACGGGGUGAAGGACAUGGUUGAGGGCAUGAUCACGAAGCUGUCCAAGGAGGUCGCGACCGACUCCGAGCAGCAGACCUGGUGUACCUCAGAGCUCAAGUCCAACGAGAAGACGCGGAGUGCGAAGACGAUCCUGGUCGACGAGCUGAAUGCCGACAUCGACCGGCUCAAUGCCUCGCUAAUCUCUCUGGGCGAGGACAUCGUGACCAUGGGCGAGGAGCUCCUGCAGCUGGACAAGGCCUCAGGCGAGAUUCCUUUAGCCGCAAGUGGACCAAAGUUUUCAAAGUCAUGGCAAGUCUUCUACAUCGUCCACAAGUUGGCGAUGGAUGUGCAGGAUCGGUGCUGA